AUGGAUGAGAAGAGCCUCAAAGGGGAUGGGGAGUCUGUUGGUCGGGACUUUGAUUUGGGUCAGGUUCUUGCUGUACAGGCGACUCCUGAAGAGGAGAGGAAGUUAUUAUGGAAGCUUGAUCUUUUUUUGAUCCCGUUGAUGGGAAUUGCAUACUUCCUUCAGUUCCUCGAUAAACUUGCGCUCAGCCAAGCAACAUUAUUUGGUUUACGGCAAGACUUGAACAUGCACGGCAAUGAAUACUCAUGGGCCUCUGCAAUCUUUUAUUUCGGAUAUUUCGCUUGGAGUUGGCCGAGUUCAUAUAUUAUCGUCCGUCUUCCCAUUGGAAAGUACCUCGCUGCCUCGGUAUUCCUAUGGGGUGGUAUCAUGAUGUGCCACGCAGCCUGCUCAAACUGGUCCGGACUCAUGGUGGUCCGAUUCUUCCUCGGAGUAGGAGAAGCCGCCAUUGCACCAGGGUUUACAUUGAUCACAGGAAUGUUCUACAGACGUGAGGAACAGCCCCUCCGUCAAUCCGCAUGGUUCUUCGGAAACUGCGUCGCCCUAUUAUUCGGUGCCCUGAUCGCCUACGGCAUCGGAAACAUCAACACAAACACCAUCGAGCACUGGAAACUUCUCUUCCUCAUCUUCGGUGCCAUCACCUCCUUCUACGGCAUCGUCCUCCUGUUCCUGCUCCCAGACUCUCCCGCAACAGCUGUCUUCCUCAAGCCCCACGAGCGCGCCAUUGCCGUGAAGCGAACAUUGAAGAACAAGACUGGUGUCAUGGAUACUGGUGUAUUCAAGUGGUCCCAGGCUGUGCAAGCCCUAACAGAUCCCCAAACCUGGUUCCUGGUUUUGUGGUCAUUCACUACCAACCUAGCGAAUGGUGGCCUCACUAGUUUCACAUCAAUCAUCAUCGCCGGUUUCGGAUUCUCCGAUCUCAAGGCUCUCGUCAUGCAGAUGCCCCAAGGCGGUGCCCAGAUCGUGUUUUUGAUCACCACUUCGACGAUCGCGACCUUCAUCCCAUCAUCCCGUAUUCUGGGGAUGAUUCUCAACGUCAUUGUCGCUGUUAUCGGAACUCUUCUCAUUUGGAAGCUCAACGACGACAAUCUCGCGGGACGAAUGGUCGGCUUGACGCUUUCUUGUGUCUUUGCGAUCAAUUUGCCUAUCUCGUUGAGUAUCGUUACCUCCAACGUGGCUGGUUUCUCUAAGAAGAGUGUUACUGGCUCGUUAAUCUUCAUUGCGUACUGCGUUGGAAACAUCGUUGGUCCUCAGUUCUUCCUUUCUUCGGAGGAGCCCGCGUACCCGACUGGAAUUAAAGCUUCUAUGUCAGGAUUGGUGCUGAGCAUCUUCUUCCUCUUGUGCUUGUACUGCUACUACGUGUAUGAGAACCGUCGGCGUGAUAAGCUCUAUGGAUCACCUGAGGAGAUAACUGAAGGAGCUGAGUUGCAGGAUGAGUUGUCUAACAAGACGGAUCGUGAGAUUGAGAGUUUCAGAUAUCUAAUCUGA